CUCCGAGUGGUGCAGCCCGCGGUCUACGCGCCCUUCCAGGCUGGCCCGCGGCGCUCCCGAGAGCACCUGAGCGCACCUGAGCGCACCUGAGCGCACCUGAGCGCACCUGCCCGCACCUGCCCGCACCUGCCCGCCCGCGCCGCACCUGCCCGGCCCGCACCGCGCCACAGCAUGACGGAGAAGGCGGCCUUCGACACGGACAUUGUCACCCUGACCCGCUUCGUCCUGGAGGAGGGCAGGAAGGCUCACGGCACGGGCGAGCUGACCCAGCUGCUCAGCGCGCUGUGCUCGGCCGUGAAGGCCAUCUCCACUGCCGUGCGCAAGGCGGGCCUCGCCGACCUUUUUGGAAUUGCUGGAUCUACAAAUGUGACAGGUGAUCAGGUGAAGAAACUGGACGUCCUCUCCAAUGACCUGGUUAUUAACAUGUUAAAGUCAUCCUUUGCCACCUGUGUUCUUGUGUCAGAAGAAGAUAAACACGCCAUAAUAGUAGAACCUGAGAAAAGAGGUAAAUAUGUGGUCUGCUUUGAUCCCCUUGAUGGAUCCUCCAAUAUUGACUGCCUCGUGUCUAUUGGAACCAUUUUUGGCAUCUACAAAAAGAGCUCAGAUUCUGAGCCUUCUGAGAAGGACGCUCUGCAGCCAGGUCGGAACUUGGUGGCAGCUGGCUACGCGCUCUAUGGCAGUGCCACCAUGAUGGUGCUAGCCAUGGCCAGUGGAGUCAACUGCUUCAUGCUGGACCCGGCCAUUGGUGAGUUCAUUUUGGUGGACAAGAACGUGAAGAUUAAAAAGAAAGGAAACAUUUACAGCCUCAAUGAAGGUUAUGCCAAGGACUUUGACCCUGCUCUCUCUGAGUAUCUCCACAGGAAGAAGUUCCCCCCAGAUAACUCGGCCCCUUAUGGUGCCAGGUACGUGGGCUCCAUGGUGGCUGAUGUUCAUCGCACUCUGGUCUAUGGCGGGAUCUUUAUGUACCCAGCAAACAAGAAGAGUCCCAAAGGAAAGCUGAGACUAUUAUAUGAGUGUAACCCAAUGGCCUACGUCAUCGAGAAGGCGGGAGGACUGGCCAGCACCGGCCGGGGAGCCAUCCUGGACAUCGUUCCCACGGACAUCCACGAGAGGGCGCCGGUUGUCCUGGGGUCUCCCGAGGACGUGAAAGAGUUCCUGGAGAUCUCCAAGAAGCACAGCUGCUAAGUGAAGAGCCGUCUUUGGCCAUGAGGAAAGGAUUGCCUUAAUCGGGACCUCUCAUUUUACGUGGCACUGACCUGUACUGCGCGCGUCACUUGUCCCUACGACUUAGAAAUAAAAAGCAUGGAUAUUUUCACCA